GUCCUGCCUACUCAGAGUUUGUAUCUUAAAAAGGAUAGGUCAGCAGAAAUAGAGGAAAGAAGACAGACAGGGGGAGGGACAGAUGAAGAGGUGAGGGGAGAACAUGAAAAAGGGAGGGAUGCAUAGAAUGGUCCACAAUAGGUACGACAAACAGUCGAGGUGAAGUAGUGCACAGCUUAUGGUUCCGAAGUGAGCUAGAGAAGAACAAACAUUUUAGUACUUUUUCUUAUCUAUUUAUCUGUGCCUUCUUGUUCACACUGAUGACGGAUGGACAAUAAACUAGGAGUGUUUUGGUAUCAAUUUUCACUUUGACACUUGGGAUUCUGUUGUUCUAGAAGUUCUCUUCUGUUGAAUCGAAACUCAAAUUGGAGCACCAGACUGGAAAAACUGGAAAUUUAAACACAUUCCAGCACUGGAAUCAGGAGCUGUUUUUAUGGAUACUUACUGUGACGAUGACACAGAAUCACUUCCUUAAUAAGAGAUUCAGAAGCAAUCAGAUAUGGUGACGGACACUCCUACAGGCCUGUCCGAAACAGGACAAGGAGGUGACACCUUUUUCCUCUUUUCAUCUAAUUCCUCUAGUGCUGCCUCCUGCAACAUUGAUGAGUCCUACAAGUACAUCUUCCUUCCUAUCUGUUAUUCCUUCACAUUUGUCUUUAGUAUCAGCCUCAAUUCGGUGGUGCUCUAUCGCUCUUUUCGCCGUACCAAGCACUGGAAUGUGUCCCUAAUUUAUAUGGUGAACUUGGCUACUACUGACUUUAUGUAUGGCCUCUCCCUGCCAUUCCUAGUAGCCAGUUAUAUCAUGCAUGACAACUGGGUCUUUGGAGAUUUCAUGUGUCGAUUGGUGCGCUUCCUGUUCUACUUCAACCUGUACUGUAGCAUUUUUUUCCUCACCUGCAUCUCUGUGCAUCGCUACCUGGGCAUCUGUCAUCCCAUGAGGACCAUCACUCUAGAGACCAAGCGGGCUGUAAAAGGCACUUGCAUUUUGGUGUGGCUUGCUGUCUUUGCGCUCACAUGCCCAAUUUUUCGAUUUGCGCAAACAGAGCUUCUUUCCCGUCGAAAAGACAGUGGAGCAAUAGAGGUACUUGAAGUGGAUGGUGACACACAGAAGUCCAACAUAAGUCCAAAUGCUGAGAUGUUCCAUAACUGCUGGGAUGAUGCUAUUGAUAAAGAGUUCCAGGACUACGUUCCUUAUGGAAUAACCCUCCAUCUCUUGGGGUUCUUUGUGCCAUUUAGCAUCAUUGCCUGGUGCUACUCACGUGUGGUUAUGACUAUAUUUCGAACACUGCACUCCCAAACUCCUGCUAAUGAACCAAGGACAAGACAAGGAAGCAAGGCAGGGGCAAGAGGAGAAGGCAUGUCCAUUAUUCUCGGGGCUCAUUCACCUUAUGUAAACAGGCGUCGCAAGUCCAUCAAAACCAUCAUAACCAUUACUCUCCUCUUUGCCCUUUGCUUCUUCCCCUUUCACGUUACCCGUACUAUUUUUUUGGUGUUGAAAGUAACCAGCAGGGUGCAGUGCCAUACGAUGCAGAUGGUCUCCAUUUGUUACAAAAUUACUCGGCCACUAGCAUCCUUCAACGCCUGGCUUAAUGCUUUGCUCUAUUUCCUCACCAAGGAAAAAAGUGGACCUUGUUGUAACAAACCACCACCUUCCCGACACGGGCUCCUUUGGCCUUUACGGAUGCUGGGAAAAGGAGGGAACCAGGAGGAGGAAGCUGAAGAGGCAGUGAACCAUAAAAAUAAUGAACUCAAGGCAGAAAACAACAUAUUCACAGACUUACCUUGAGACAAAAUAUAAGAAAUAUGUCAAAUGUGUUUGGAUAUGAAUUGGAUAUACAGUCAUAUGUAUUGGGGAAAUCUCUUAAAAUUGAUGUAUUCAUUUAUUUCCUUGUGAACUAAUAUAAAAAGUAGGGGGAAAAGAAAUUUGUCAAUUGAUUAUCUAAUAGUGAUUAUCAGAGAGCAAUGAUAAAAUUUGAUUCAUGUGAUUCAGUAAUCUUAUAUUAAAUAUGGUCUGUCUUUUGACCUUUUUGCCCAUAUUCCUUGACAUGAUAUUACUGACUGCUGGGACACAAAAUAAAACUAUAGGAGGAUCUGUUUAGCUCAAUACUGCCAUUGGGUAUUUUGGUCAAUAUCAGUGAGUGCUGUGACACGUAAAUGAUUAAAAUGUAAAUAAAUUAUAUUUCCGUGUACUCUUCAGCUAAAAGAAAUGAAAAGAUUAAUGUCUCUGCUGUUCCUCUGUAAAUAGACAAUAUAAUAGAACAUACACACACACA